AUGGUGUUCUUCAAGAGACUCUCACGAUCCCGUUCCAACAGCCAAAGUUACGUCGAUAACCAGUACAAUAACAACAACAACAACAACAACAACAACAGCCCGCACGAUAGCAAAUACAACAGCGCCUCCUACGACGACUCCAAGUUCGCCGACGACAAGUACAACGUUGCUGGGGAGCGCGACCGUGAGGACUCCCGCCCAGGCUCAUCGAGACAAGCCAACCACCAGAACGACGGCGUACUGGGCAAAGAAACAGGCAUGUACGCGCGCCAGAACCAACCCACCGAGGUCGGCUCCAACACACAAUACCAAAGCCCGCCCGUGAGCGCCGGUGGUCCACGAAGCGGCGGGCAGCAAGGCGGCAUGUCAAACGGCUACGGCAGCUACGACAGCGGCAUGAACUCCGCCGCCCCCAAAUCAUCCCACGAACCCGCGCCUGAUCUCCUGCUGCAAGCUUUCAACCAGGCGCUGCGGCCUUAUACGAAUAAAGUCGAGACGCUGGAGAGCGAGAUUGCGGAUUUGCGGGCUUAUAUCGAUCAGUUAGAGGCGCAGCGGGGCGAUGUACAUGCUUGGAUUGAUAAGAGGGGGUUGAGACCUGACGUUCCCCCAAGCAUCGCCCACCAAAUGGACACCUCCUCCCACUCCUCCUCCCCGACCCACGCCGCCGCCACCCUCAACGCCCAACUCGACCGCAAAAUCACAAUCGUCAACUUCGACCUCCAUCGCCUCCAGGACGAUCUCAACGACAGCCUGCCCACCCCUUCCUUCAGCGCGUGCAUGCUCAAAUUCCUCCCCGAUAUCGCCCGCCUCUCCGGCCUCCCCUCCGGCCCGCGCUACGCCUUCGACCUCCUGCUCAAAUUAGGUGGGAACUUGAACUCCCACGGCGGACUGGAAAGUGGGGAUGAAGACGAUCUGGCAGAGCGCCGGGCGUUCUAUUCCCGGUUGGAUAACGCGAUGGUGGAGAUUGUGCGGGGGAGGUUCCGGGAGGAGGGGGAAGGGUGGGGGGUGCAGAGGGAGAUUAAGCGGAUUGAAAAGACGGGGGCGUAUUUGAGGAAUUGGGGGGUUGAACCGUAUUUUCCGAGGACGUUGGAGGUUAUGAGGGAUGGGAGUGGUGCGGGUGGGGGGAUGAGCGGGAGUGGUGGGGUUGGAAGUGGUGGGGCACAUCUUCAUGGUGGUGAGGGGGUGGGGGCGGGUGCGGGUUCGGCUUCGCCGCCUACGUAUCAGUAG